ACAUCCCUCGUAACUUUCAUUUCAAACAAACGGACCCCCUAGAAAAUCAACAGGAAAGUUACUGGAACAAUCUCCCGUUUUUCCAAACUAGUCCGCUCUUAUCUCUCUCAAAUACCCUCCUCUUCAUACGAAUCUGUUAUCACCGUGUCCUAGCUUCAUUUGCUCCCAGCAUUCACCGCCGUACCUUUCUCUCCGUGAAAAAAUGGGUGCUGGCCGUGGAGUUUCAAUCUCCUUAGAUGGAGUGAGGGACAAGAAUGUGAUGCAGCUGAAGAAGCUCAACACUGCCCUCUUCCCUGUUCGCUACAACGAAAAAUACUACGCCGAUGCUCUCGCCUCCGGCGAAUUCACGAAGCUGGCAUACUACAGUGAUAUUUGUGUUGGUUCAAUUGCAUGCCGACUUGAAAAGAAGGAGGGUGGGACUGUUCGUGUUUACAUCAUGACACUAGGUGUUUUGGCUCCAUAUCGUGGGCUAGGGAUUGGUACAAAGCUGCUGAACCAUGUUCUUGAUCUCUGUUCGAAGCAGAACAUUCCUGAGGUCUACUUGCAUGUGCAGACAAACAAUGAAGACGCCAUCAAUUUUUAUAAGAAAUUUGGGUUUGAAAUCACUGAUACCAUCCAGAAUUAUUACACCAACAUUACCCCGCCAGACUGCUAUGUUGUUACCAAGUACAUCAGCCAACCUCAAACCAAGAAAUAACUUCCCAAAACUAGAACCCAUUGGGUAUUGGUCCUUACUAAACUUCGAGUAGCAUCAAUUAUACUUGAGAGAGUUUUAUCUAAUUUUUCUUUUUGAGUUUUGAGAGAUGCUUAGUCCCUUAUACUUGGGAGUUUAUCUGAUUUUUGAGGUGCUAAAGAUGCUAAAAUGCGUAAGUGAGGUGGGUUAUCGACUGUUCAUUUGCAACUUCUCUGAUGAAUUGCUUCUUGCCUACAUUCCUCUUUAGCUUAUAGACACGUCUGAAACUUCUGUAUUUUUUAGGGAACAGCCAAAGGUUUCCUGCAGUUUGAUAAACAUCGCAUAAUGUGGCAAUAAAAGCAAAAAUAAUGUCAUAGUUCUACUUGGCUGUUA